AAUGGUCUGAAUUCAACCGGAUCGAAGUAAGCUCGUUUAUUUGGUUAAGUGUCUGUAAGAGAAGGAAAAGCAAAGAAGAAAACCCAAAAUCCAAAACCAGUAUUAGUCCCCCAAAGGAUCAAUAUUUAAUCACUCCUCUUUUCUUCCCCGCAAACCCAAUUCUUCUUCUUUUCUCCUUCAAUUGCUAAUCGUCCGUCGAUCAAACCGCUCUUCUUUUUUAACUUCUUCAUCGAAUUUCUACUGCCCUAAGCAAAAAAGAAAGUUCAGCGCAAUUUCCGUUGGAUUCUAGCUUCGGCUUCAAAACAAAUUUUGCUAGCUGGUUACAGAACUUUGCUUUCACGGCUUUCUCUGCUUGGUCCUCUCGUGGGUCGCUGAAAGUUUUAAGAGAGAGUGAAUAUUCAGAGUGGAGAAUUAUGGCGGCAGCGAAAGGAGGCGAUUGGAAAAACGGAGGAGGUUUGGAUGACGAGAACCUGGUCUUUGAAACGACCAAAGGGAUCAAACCCAUCACGAGCUUCGAUGACAUGGGGAUGGAUGAUAAAGUUCUUCGCGGCGUCUACGACUACGGUUUCAAGAAACCAUCUGAGAUUCAGCAGAGAGCUGUGAUGCCAAUUCUCAAAGGACGUGACGUUAUCGCUCAGGCUCAGUCUGGUACAGGGAAGACUUCCAUGAUUGCAAUCUCCGUCUGCCAAAUCGUCAAUACUUCCUCCAGAAAGAUUCAGGUCUUGGUCUUGUCUCCAUCAAGGGAGUUGGCUUCACAAACAGAGAAGACGAUACAGGCUAUUGGAGUGCAUACCAAUAUUCAGGCACAUGCUUGCAUUGGUGGCAAAAGCAUUGGAGAUGACAUAAAGAAGCUGGAGCGUGGUGUACAUGCUGUGUCCGGGACUCCUGGUCGAGUCUAUGAUAUGAUAAAGAGAGGAAGCUUGCAAACCAAAGCUGUUAAACUUUUGAUUCUAGAUGAAUCAGAUGAAAUGCUGAGCAAAGGUUUGAAAGACCAGAUUUAUGACGUUUACAGAUCUCUUCCACACGAUAUUCAGGUUUGCUUGAUUUCUGCUACUCUUCCUCAAGAGAUUUUGGAGAUGACAAACAAGUUUAUGACGGAUCCUGUGAGGAUACUUGUGAAGCGCGACGAAUUGACUCUUGAUGGAAUCAAACAAUAUUAUGUUGAUGUUGGAGAAGAAGAGUGGAAAUUCGAUACACUUUGCGAUCUUUAUGGGAGACUUGUUAUUAACCAAGCUAUUAUCUUCUGCAACACAAGAAAAAAGGUGGAUUGGCUUACAGAGAAGAUGAGGAGUAGUAAUUUCAUAGUCUCAUCAAUGCAUGGAGACAAACAUCAAAAGGAGAGAGACGAAAUCAUGAACCAGUUCCGGUCUUUUAAAAGCCGUGUUUUAAUCGCCUCAGAUGUAUGGGCACGAGGGAUCGAUGUUCAAACAGUUUCUCAUGUUAUCAAUUAUGAUGUACCAAACAACCCGGAGCUCUACAUUCAUCGUAUUGGACGAGCUGGUCGCUUUGGUCGGGAGGGUGUUGCGAUUAACUUUGUGAAAAGUUCCGACAUGAAAACUCUUCGGGACAUUGAGCGGUACUACGCUACUCGAAUCCGUGAGAUGCCUGCUGAUCUUGCCUGAAGUUUUUUUUUGUCUCCUUGAAGCCGAGGUUGAAGAAGAAUCAGUUUUAAGGCCAAUUUUGUUCCUUUGUUUCUGCACACCAUUGGUUUAGAUUUAGUAUAGACUAUGUGAGCUUCAAAAUGUAUACCGAACAAGAAUCCAUAUACAGUAAUAUGUGACUCAAAAGGAUCAAAGAAAAUUCUUAUUUAAGCA